AGUAGCAUUCGCAUUGAACUUCUAAGUCAUUUAUGCAUUUAAUUAUAUAAAAAGCGCUGCUGACAUAUGGACAGUGCCGUUGUUGUCGGUGGUGUGUUUUUACAUUUUCAGACCUAGCUGUAUAUAUUAUGUCUGAGAGAAAAAGAAAGAAGGUAGUAUGGACAGAAGCAGCAGUCGCACCUGAACACAUUUUAGACGAACAUACACACCAGACGGAUUUGACGCCAGAGAAGCAGACUAAGCAUGAAAGUGCUGUGGUAGGACGAAGCCAUUAUUUUACCACCAACAACAAUGAUCUGCAGUCCAGACUGGGGGAGGAUUUUUUCCAACAACCGUGCAUCAGUUUGGCUAAAGAGUUCCUCGGCAAGGUGUUGGUGCGACUGUGUGCAGAUGGCUCUGAGCUGCGAGGAAGGAUAGUGGAGACUGAGGCGUACCUUGGAGGAGAGGACAAAGCCUCCCACUCUGCAGGAGGCAAACGCACUGAGAGGAACACUGCUAUGUUCAUGAAGCCCGGCACCAUCUAUGUGUAUCCGAUCUAUGGCAUCUACCUCUGUAUGAACGUGUCCAGUGAAGGAGAGGGUGCCGCCGUGUUGCUGCGCUCCCUCGAGCCCCUGCACGGUCACCCAGUCAUGAGGCAACUGAGGGCAGCCAGACGCAAAGAGGGAGCCCGACAACUGAAGGACAAAGAGCUCUGCAAUGGGCCGUCUAAGCUGUGCCAGGCUCUCAAUAUACCCCGCUGCUUUGACCGUCGAGACCUAGCCACAGACCCAGAGGUGUGGCUGGAGAGGGACCCAAACAGCGAUCCAAAAGCAAACCAUGAUGUAGUAUCAGCACCACGUGUCGGAAUCGAGUCCCACGGGGAGUGGGCCAAGAAGCCUUGGCGCUUUUAUCUCCGUGGCCAUCCCUGUGUAAGCGUGGCGAACAAAGAGGCAGAAAGACAGUCUCUGUCUGGUAAAGUGAUGAACAAUUUGGGGCCCUCCGAUGUGCAGUCUGACACAGGACAGCACAAUGUCAAAAGGACUUAACAGGAAUAGUCAUCAGACCAUUCAGCCAUCUGUUCCCUUUUACUAAGCCAGUAUGAAAAAAAUGUAUGUUGUCUAUCCAACAUGUGAAAUGAAUAAGUUUCAAAAUGCUUCCAUAAUAUUUAUUGGCAAUGACUCAAAGUUUAAUGAAAAGUUACGGAUCAGAACUUUAAUAAGGUAGAUUGAAACUUAAUUUAUAAGGUUUAAUAAAAAAAAAGUUCUGAAAUGUACUUUUAGUCACUCAUAAUUCUUUUUUUUUGUUUAUGUCUAACAAUCUGAAUUUCUCCUCUCAGUGGUUCCACAGAUGUUUGGAAAGAUCUCUCUUUCUCUCAAAGGAAAAGCAGCCUGUGUCUGAUGUUUAGAGUCUUGCCUUUCUCGCUGUCUUUCUCUCCCCCACCUUUGGGAUUCCUGAGGAGAGGCAGUUGGACGUCUGGAAUAAUCAUUACUCAAGUGUGCCCCUCUGGUCAGUACAGACGAUCGGACACAUCUGGGACAGGAAGUCGGAAAUUAAACACAAUUUCUUCAAGUUUAAUAAACAACUGAGGCGUU